UUCAUUAUAUUUGCGAAAAUAUUGAGUUUUCCAAGCUUAACAACAUUGCAAAUACGCCACUGGGCUAGAUUAACUUGACAACGUUGCGAUCAUCUGGAGCAGCAAAUAUUCGCUCCUAUUCUAACCAAUCCAAAGAUUAAAGUGGCAAAUAAAACUUGAAAUACCAGCAAGUUGGUGCAAGAAAUGAUCAGAGCCUGAACCUGAGGUGGGCCCAACUGCAAAACCAGCCCCCAAUGCCUGAGACAGUCCGAAACGAACGAAACCACAAUAGAAAUAGUCCGAUGUUGUUUGAAGUGGAAAUGAGCCCAACAUAGAAGACACCCACUAUUUCGAAAAUUCCAAAUUAUGUAGCUAGUGAGUGGACACAACAAGGACGGUAUGGGUAUGUGUUGGUGUAAGAAGAAAAACGAGGAACAAGGUUGCUAUUAUGCGCCCCGCCUGUCCACACAACAAGAUGUUGUUCUGCCUCCGCCCUCACCAGUUCCCUCACCGUUGAUUUAUAACAAUACAGGGCCGACUGCAUCUGAACCCAAGUAUCCAGAUACCGUUCUAGUAGAUAAACUCAUUUUGGAUACCUUGGGGCUUAUAGAAACUCUGGUUGACAAUGAACAAGAACCUCCAAGUGCUAUGUUGCAACUGCAUAAUAUUGCCGACAACGAAGAAGGUUGGAUUCAAGUAGUGAAUUCAAUGAUUAAAGUUAUACCCCUUGCUGAUCCUUUGGGCCCCUCCGUUAUUACUUUGCUUUUAGAUGAUUGCCCAUUGCCGUCAAAAGAUUCUAUCAUUAAAGUAGUAGAUAUGUUUGCACUUUCGCAUGAGACUGCGUUGAAGGAAAGAAACAAUCCCACGCGGCAAAGAAAUACUUGCGUGGCUUUAGGAAGUAUAGCAGAAAAAUUAGCGGGUCCGCGAAAUAUGGAGAUUUUAAAUGAUGGAGUUAUAGAUUAUCUUUUAACGAAUCUGGAGCCAGAGACUAAUCCUAAUGUGAUCUUAUUUUCGUUAAUAGCUUUGGAGAAGUUUGCCCAAUCUAGUCAGAAUAAAGUUUCAAUUUUAAAUAAGCUUAAGAAAACAAAUAUAUCGCCUAUAAGAAUGCUUGAAAAGUGGAAGACUGAGAUCCAUUUUGUUAAGAGGCAAGCCGGGUUCUGUGCUCAAUGGAUUUUAGAUAAUAUUUUUAUGACCGAUGAUCGGAAAUAUUCCUACCUUUCUGCAAACAUGGAAAACAUCAACGCCAUGCUCAAUACAAGCGACGUUAGUGAGUACCUCAAAAUUUCACCAGACGGAUUGGAGGCCAGAUGCGACGCUUACAGCUUUGAGAGUGUACGAUGUACAGCUCAGGCCGAUUCAGGGAUCUGGUAUUAUGAGGUGCUCAUUAUUACUCCUGGCGUAAUGCAGAUUGGUUGGGCAACGAAGAAUAGCAACUUUUUGAACCAUGAAGGAUAUGGGAUUGGUGACGAUAGAUUCUCACUUUCCUAUGAUGGGUGUCGACGGCUCAUUUGGUACAAUGCAAAAUCCGAUCCCCAGAAACUGCCCAGAUGGCAGCCCGGGGACACUUUAGGGUGUCUCUUGGACUUGAACAAUCAUCAAAUUGUGUUCUCGGUAAAUGGAGUGAGCCUGCCACCUAGUGUUCAUGUAUUCAGUAUGGCAAAGUCGGGAUUUUUUGCUGCGGCAUCCUUCAUGUCGUUCCAGCAGUGUCGCUUUAAUUUCGGCGCCGAGCCUUUCAAGUAUCCUCCUAGCUUCAAUUUCAAUACGUUCAACGAAUGUGGAGCUUUAACUGCCGAUGAAAAAGUGGUCCUGCCCAGGCACAUUUACUUGAGGCAAUUGAGACAACAGAAUAUUCGAGAGGAUAGUUGCACGCUUUGUUACGAUCAGAAGGCCACUGUACGACUUUUGCCUUGUCGACAUGCGGGUUUCUGUGCAUCUUGCGCAGAUUUGCUGGCAGAGUGUCCCAUGUGUCGAUCGCCUUUCAGUCAACUGUUAAUUGAAGAUUAUCCUCACACGUGACAUCGAAACCAUUAUAUAUUUUAUAAGAGAGUUUCUGUAUAUAUACAUUCAAAUGUUGUUAAUCUAUGGCCACCGUUUACUAAUUCCUUGGAAUUCUUACACAAGCAAAACUUAGCUUCAGUUCUUUUAUGUAGAAAUGAACAGAACUUUUCCAAGUAAAGUCUCUCAAUUGCUUGAAAGAUUGAAUUUUCGCCAUGGACGAGAUCGGUUUUGUAUGUAUGCGUAUAUUUGUUGUGGAGACAUGUUUUUAUGAAUGCUUGAUGAUUUUGUACAUUAUUUUUUUUAUCACUGUGAAGCGAAAAAUUGUCACACUUUAGUUGGAGGCGUAAACUUGUUAUGUCAUGUGUGAAUUUCAUGAUUCGAUUCGAUCGUUGUUUGGUCUAUUGAAAGCUGAUUGCAAUAUAAUGGUUUUUUACGGGCAGCAUGAAGUAAACCUCGUCUAAAAAAGAAAUGUUGGGCGCAUUUUUUAGAUUUCGAUAGGCACAUGUUAAAUUUGAUCGUGUUAAGCAGCGAUAGGAUAAUUGCAUUAUUUUAUGGCUGGUUAACAAAUGGCCCAAAUAAUUUUAAAAAGAGUAAACUUAUUCCGUAAUUUUUUUAGCUAGAAAGUAAUACAAAUUAGAAGGUUACUAGAAUUUACACUAUUCAAGGUGAUUUCUAAGCAAGGUAAACUAUUUUAACAGUCCAGGCUUUUUUAUUGAAAAAGCUUCAUAUUAACAGGGUUUAAACUUAACCAUUACAACGCCCCGGGAGUUCAAAAGUACUAAAGCUUGUUAAUAAAAAUUGUGAUGUUUGGCACGACAAAAAUAAAGUGUUGACUCGGAGAAAUUACUACGACAGAAGAUGCAUUUUUCUUUUAAACGACUUUUUUUAACUAAUAGUUUAUAUGAAGUUUUUUUCAAAUAAAACGCCUUAAUAACUGCAUUUCUGAAAUAGAAAAAAUGUCCAGAGGGGUUUUUAAAACCACCCUUUUAUCGGCGGUUCCUCCAUUGUUACUAAACCAAAAUUUCCUACCUAGUCAGUCGAUUUAUUUAUUUUUCUUCCAAAUUUAGCUUGGGAUCUUGAAGCGAUUUUAACAUAGCUUGCAAUUGAACCGCUAAAUUAUUGGUAUGGCUUAUUUUCCAUAAUAUUUUAGUCAAUUUUGGAGAAUUUUUAUAUUUUUGGCAGUCAAAACAAUUGUCUAGUCUUAGUCAAAACCAAUAUAUUUGACGUGCUUAUAUACUGUAUUUGCAACCUUAACUUACGGUACGUUUUCACAAAAAUUCAUAUUGCCUGGAUCAUAUACAUUAGUGUACUUUGAAAGAUUCCUAACAUGUUAUCAGCCCUUUUGUCGGAAGCCUUGGUAAUAUUUCUGGAAUUAAGACUAUUAUUAUCAUCUACAUUAUUAUGUAGAACAGGAUAAAUAUCAGUUAGUUGUACAUGUAGAUGAUAGUACUAGUCAACUACAAUAAUAAUAGAGGAGAAAAUAUGGUGAACUGUGCGGUCAGGGUCCUAUAGAUGGAAUGUCUAAAAAUUAAGGCAUUGGAACUGUAUUUGUAUUGAGUUAUUUGCGAGGAAAUUCACAUCCAUCCUUUAUAUAAUAUGCAAAAUCCAUUCUGCUAGAAGGUUGUUAUCAUUUUAUGAAACAGGUCUGAAAUUUUUUUGCUAUUAUCUUACUUCAUGAGUUUAUCAAGGAUGUCUUCAAUUAUUUCAAACCCUUCACUUUCAUCUCAACAUUCUUCUCCAUAAACUUUAUUUUAUUUGCUAUUUCUUCCUCAACUUCCUGUUGAUAUGUUUCCGAGACUUUUUCAUAUUCUUCCAUUAUUAUGUUGGUCUGGACGUUCUCGUCUACAGGCUUAUUUCGGUCUUCGAUUAUAUUUUUAGUUUCUCCUAAUUGGCAAUCGACUAUAUUUCUAAUUCUCUUUAGUGACUGCGGUUCCUCUCAGUUUGUAUACUUUCAUAUUGCACCAGAUUUUCCCUUUUUUCUUCGACCAAACUUCACAUUCUAAUUAUUCCAUCGGUUGCUCUUGUUUGGUCAGUUUCAGUAUUUUUUUUUCAAUGAUUCAUUGGCAUGGAGUGCAUCCGGUUCGUUUUAUUCACAAGCUGGUUUAAUCUAAAAUCAGUGUAGAUUUCAUUCCAAAAUCUGAGGUUGAGAAGUAAAUAUUCAUUCAAUUGUGUCCUUAAUUUAGAGACAUUCUAUACAAAGAAUAUUAUAUUUUAUAAUAAAGGUGAAUAUCCGUACUGCCUUAUUUUUGUAUUUGUAUUUUAGCGGUGCGUCUAUAAAAAUUAGUAUUUUUGAUGGCUAUUCGCUGAAUAUUUUAAUUGGUUUCUACUCUCUAAAUGGAAAAAUUCCAACAGAAGUGAAACGAAUUAUUUAGGAGCUAAUUAUGUUUUUAUUGGAUGUGCAGGGUGCUCCUCUUAGUUGAAAUUUGGAUACCCUGUAUAAUAUAUUUGAAAAAUAACCACACGAAUGCCGAGUAAAACACUGAUUUUUAAUUGACUUUUAUUUUAUAUAUGAUUUUUGUUUAUGUAAAUAAUUACUAGUCUGUUGUUGUUUUUUUUUUCUUAACUUAAGAUAGGUGAAACGUUGCUACAAAUUAGUCAUCGAUGGUAGUGAUGGUUUUGUAAAACAAAUAGUCUAUAGGGUUUUUUAUGGAUUCACAAAUGAAUAUCCAUAAAUCACUUUAUAGUUUGUGAAAAAAAUGACUGUGAAAAGUAAAGUUAAAUAAAACAUUAAGAGCGGA